AUGUCGCUCCUUCAGAACGAGGACUUCGUCCUCUACCAGCUCCGAACUGCCUAUCUCUCCACAAUCAAAGACGGCGUCGGCGAACGCCUGAUCAACGUAGACUCGAGUGUUUUGAACAAUCCUGCCUUCCGCGCCGCAGGUUGGGUACCUAAUGCAGCAGAUAUCAAGCGCACUUACUCACCGCCGAUCCCCACGGCCAUUACCUCGGAAUACUUCCAGGCCCCGCGCUCAGCUGGUCUCAAGGCGCCGGAGGGCUUUGGCGAUGAUGAAGAGGAGGGUGGCAUGGUCACGGGCGGUGGUAGCAACGACACAGUAGGACCGACGCUGAAUGCGAAGCGAAGGCGGCGCAAGGAGCAGCUCGAAGAGGAUGACAGCAGUGACCUCAGUGAUGAGAGUGACGAAGAUGACGAUGCGCAGAGAAUACAUAGACCCGCGAACCAAAUCAAGUUCACCAAGAUGCCACUGCGAACGCGCUCAGGCUCGUCCCCAUCACGAGGCUCAGCAUUGCGCAACGAGCUUGCAGAGGCUGGAGAAGGUCCCUCGGUUUUGAUCACAUCACCCUCAAGGCCGCCAGACGACACUUUGCGAGGCUCACUGGGCACCGUAGAGAACGCCAAAACACGCCCAAGGAGAGACACGAUUACUAGCAGCGAGAUGUCAUCAGAGAACGAGUUUGACAACUCCUCAUUCAGGAAAAGGAGGGUGAAGACUCGCAAGGCCGCAGGUACCAGCCAGCUGCUGUCUCAAAGAACCCAAGAAGACGAAGGGGGCAUUGCCGGAGCACGUCUUGAAGCCUUGCACGAAGACGAUGAGUCGGACGACUCUCUCACAUCUGAGUUUUCUGGAUCGGCUGAUAGCGCUUCUCUUAUCGGCACAGGCGGUGACGCCCUGGACUCGUCCCCAGCAGUCCAACUUCCCGAUAUGCCUGGCCUGACACCAUUCCAAAACAUGUCACCACGGAAGAAGAAAGAGCCCCUUCUCCCAACACUACAAGCUUUACCUCCCCCAAGACCGAUCAGCUUUGUAUUACCAGUCAGUGCGUUGACGCAGGCUUUAAAAGCCAAAGAACAGAAACCAUCAAACCCCCUGGCACGUUUCGCCGGGUGGAAUGCUGCCAGCGAAGCGCAGCAAAAUCCGCUAUAUAUCAAGCUCUAUUGUCCAUUCUCAUCGAAACCCUCAAAACCUGUAGAACUCCUGAUUCGAAAAUUCAAUGAUAAAGGAGAAGGCCCUACAGUUGCAGAAGCGAUUGGAUAUGCGCUUCAUCGAUACCAGGAAGAAAAGAUAGAGCCACCGCUGCCGGUCGAGAAGAUGAAUGUCAACUGCUGGGUUAUGCGAAUGUACGAUGAUGGUGAGGUUGACGACGAAUUUCCACCCUUGACGAGAAAUAAGCCGUUGAAGGACUUUGCGUCGAACAAUGCUCGAGGCAUGCGACCGCGCGCACGAGAUAAACCCUGGGACGAGUUCGCUUUGGUAGAAGCGACACCGCGAGAGAUUGGAGAGAACGAGAAGAUCACGCCUUUGUACAGUCAAGAGGCGGCCUCCGCUGAGCCUACGCCUGGCGAUGCGCCGGCAGAACGAGAGGAGAAGAAGCCCGUCAAGCCCAUCCCCAGCCGGGCAAAGAGUUUCCGAAACCCAAUCACGGGCCCUUCAUUUGCACCGACAGCGACACGCAAAGACACAAGCAACCUUGCCGAUAUGCCCAAGAUUUCCCAGACGCACGCUGCCAGUCGCACCGGUGCUCCCAAAACAGUCACUGUCCAUUUUACUGACGAGAAUUUCAACACAAAAGCCAUACCCGUACAUUGCACAACGGACACCUACAUUGCCGACAUCUUCGACCAAGUGUGCCAUGACCUCGGUCUCGAAAAAGCCCUCUACAUCCUCAAAGUCAGUGGCAGCACUACGGUUGCACCACCAGACCGUACCGUCGAAGCCUUAGAUACACGCAUGGAUCUCGACCUAUGCCGCCGCCGCUUCAUAGGCGAUGGUGUCUUUGGUCUUGCCGGUUCUCCAGGCUCCUCUUCGCCUAAUGCCCCGCUUGUCAUCAGCACCGGCGCGGCGCCCAAGAAGACGAAAAAAGGCGAGCGCAUCAACGCCGCCGUCUCCGGCCCAGGCCUCAUCCAUCCUCUGGCCAAACACGCCGACCCCACGGGUCUCGCCCUCUCCACAACAGGCUACUACCGCCGCUACGCUGUCCUCCGCAAACAGCCCAUGUCCUUUGCCUCAUCCACGUCGCGCAUCCUCGCCCUCGACAACGAAUAUAUGCACAUUAUGCCCGGCGAGUCCGGUGCCAAAGCUGGCGUGCGCGGUGGCGGUGCGUGGGUUGAAGGACAGGGCAAGACGACGACGGUGCAUUUCAGCAGCGUGGUGGGGAGCAAGGUGAGCAAGAAGCAUCCAAAGAUGUUUCGGGUGAUUGUGUUCAAGGAGCGGGAGACGAAGCGGUAUGAUUUUGAAGCUAGUACUGGGGAUGAGGCGGUGGAGAUUGUGAGGGAGAUUAAGAGGGGGGUCGAGCGGUUUCAGGAGGGGAUUGUGUAA